AUGCAGCAAGAUGUGGAAGCCCUGGGAGGCUCCACCAUGGGCAGCCCCAGCAUGCACAGGGAAGCAGAAGCCCUCCUUGUGGACCUCGAGACCUCAGAAGAGACACAGGCUUGGAGCCUGGGCAGGCCCACCAAGACCUCGAAGCAGUACCUGCGCCGGGUCCUUGCAGAAUAUGAGGCACUAGACCGAGAGCUCCCGUGCAUCCGCAAGUUCCCCAUGCCACCCACAGCCCAGCCCCUCUGCCUGUGCAUGGAGACCUUGCCCGAGGAGGACCUGACCCACCUGGAAGUGCUGGAGGCACUGGAGGCCGAAUUACCCGGGGCCUUGGAGAGCGGCCGCGUGAGCAGCAUCCGCUUUGAGAACAUGAAUGUCAUCUGUGGGACUGCGGGGCGCAGGGACCGGUGGCUCAUCACGGUCACGGACUUUCAGACCCGCUCCCGCCUGCUGCGCUCCGGGCUCCACCUCCGCGGGUCAGCGCACCCGCUAGCUCGCCACGACGAACUGCUGCUGAGCGAUUACCGCCUGCACCUGCGCCGCUCCCUGGUCCGACGGCGCAUGCUCGAGGCUCUGGGGGUGGAGCCGACCGAGGAAGACUGACGUGUGGGGACGGGCUCCGGCUGCGC